CUUCAUCACACCUGCAUGAGGUCACAAGCGCUCACUAGCGCAAGGGGGUGAGGCGAGUUCUGGGUGAAAGAAACGGGGCGGGGCUGAGGCCAAGGAGAGGUUGGACUGUGUCUGGCAUGCUACUGACGCAGAAGGAUUUGAAACUUUUUUCACCUCGUCUGAAAUGGCUGCCUCCCAGUGUCUCUGCUGCUCAAAAUUUCUCUUCCAGGUGCUUAAAUCUCCCAUCUUCUAUUCAUUCAAGAAAGAAUAUUGAGUGUCUAUUGCGUGCCAGGCCACUGUGAGGGUGGUUACGAUAUAUGGAUGAACAAGAUGUGGCCUAUGAUUUAAAUGAGCCUGCAGUCUGGUGGGGAAUGCACAGAGCAAAAGAGGCAACUCUGAUAUGGCAGGGUGUGUGCUAUGGGAGCACACAGAAGAACGUUACCAAGUUUUGGGGCGAAGUGGGUCGAAGAGUCCUUGGAUGAAGUAAACCCGAGUUGAAAGCUAAGAGGGUAAAAGUGCAUCUUAACUGAGUCAAGAGGCGUGAAGAGGCAGAAGGAACAAUAUAUGCAAAAGCUUGAUGGAGAAACAGAAUAGUUGAGUUUGGCUGAAACACAGUUGGAGGGAGAGUAACAGAUGAGACUGAAGAGUUAGGCAGGGGCCAGGUCAUAGGGAGCAUUGUAAGCCUUUUAAAAAAAUCAACUUUUAUUUUACAUGUGGGGGUACAGGUACAGGUUUGUUACGUGGAUAUAUUGCACCCAAGUAGGUUGCAGGUUUGUUACAUGGGUAUAUUGUACCUAAUAGAUAGUUUUUCAACCCAUACCACCCGCCCUCCCCACUCUAGUUAGUAGCCUGCAGCGUCUUUUGUUUCCAUGUUUAGGUCCAUGUUUGCUCAAUGUUUAGCUCCCACUUAUAAGUGAGAAUGUCAGAGGUAUUUAUACCAGAGCAACUCCAUCUUGAAUAGGGGCUAGGUAAAUAAGGCUAAGAACUGGGCUGCAUUCCCAGUAAGUUAAGGCAUUCUUAGUCACAGGAUGAGAUAGCUCAGCACAAGAUACAGGUCAUAAAGACCUUGCUGAUAAAACAGGUUGCAGUAAAGAAGCCAGCUAAAAUCCACCAAAACCGAGAUGGUGAUGAGAGUGAUCUCUGGUCAUCCUCAUUGCUAUACUCCCACCAGCGCCAUGACAGUUUACAAAUGCCAUGGCAAAGUCAGGAAGUUACCUUAUAUGGUCUAAAAAGGGGAGGUAUGAAUUAAUCCACCCGUUGUUUAGCAUAUAAUCAACAACCAUAAAAAUGGGCAACCAGCUGCCCUCGGGGCUGCUCUGCAUAUGGAGUAGCCAUUCUUUAUUCCUUUACUCUCUUAAUAAACUUCCUUACACUUUAUAGACUCACCUUGAAUUAUUUCUUGUGUCUCUUGGGGUCUGGAUUAGGACCCUUUCCGGUAACAAGAACAUGCUGUAUUUGGUUCUCUGUUCUGUUGUAAGCCAUUUUAACAGGCUGAAUCUUACUCUGAAAACGGUGGAAAGCCACUGAAAGAUUUUAAAUAAGAAGAUGAUACAAUUAUACGUUCACUUUCAAAAAUUCUGCUUUCCUGUGGAGAAAGGUUUGGAGAGGAACAAGGCUGAUGGCAUGGCAGGAUAAGACAAGAGGCAACUGCAGUAAUGGAGACAAAGCUGACAGUGAUUUGAAUUGAAAUUUGGCAGUGGGAAUGGAGGGUAGCGGUCUGAUUCAAAAAUCAACAAGACUUAGUGACUGGAUGAAAAUUAAAGACAAGUCAGAGUCAAAGAUAAGACCCAGGCUUCUGGCUUGGACAACUGAGUGGAUGCUGAUGUCUGUCAUUCCAGCCCUAGAGACAGUUGCACCUAGAUAUCCAGUAUGAGUACCAGGCCCAUUGGACUUUGCAGCACCAGCUACUCUGGUCAUAAUGUUGUUUGGUAACAUCAGUGCAUGCACCUGUCUUCACAAAGGCAGAUGGUAUGAGGGUAGUUACCUGGGAUGUCAUCCUUCAAUGCUGCAUUAUUGGCUUUUUUUCUGUUUGUGGAAAGGCAAGUGGGUGGUGACUCCCAAAUCAUGGCCACUUGCCCAUGGUAAUCUGGGUGAUUUUUUCUUUGCUUGGAGAACUGGGAAAGCCAGGUUUGUUGACAUCUUUAAAGAACAUGGAACAGCCAAAUAAGGAUUUCUGUCACUCUCAUAAGAAAUCUUCAAACGGCUCAACCUACUCAGCAUCAAGUUACUCUUCUUCAGGAAAGAGACAGAACCUUGCCUGUUUCCUCACAAACCCACACUGUGGCAGCCUCAUUAAUGCAGAUGGCCAUGGUGAAGUGUGGACAGAUUGGAAUAAUAUGUCUAAGUUUUUCCAGUAUGGAUGGAGAUGCACCACUAAUGAGAAUACCUAUUCAAACCGUACCCUGAUGGGCAACUGGAACCAGGAAAGAUAUGACCUGAGGAAUAUUGUGCAGCCCAAACCCUUGCCUUCCCAGUUUGGACACUACUUUGAAACAACAUAUGAUACAAGCUACAACAACAAAAUGCCACUUUCAACACAUAGAUUUAAGCGAGAGCCUCACUGGUUCCCAGGACAUCAACCUGAACUGGAUCCUCCCCGAUACAAAUGCACAGAAAAGUCAACUUACAUGAAUAGCUAUUCAAAGCCUUAAAUUGGGCAUCACUCAGGAUGUGUAUAAGAUCUUAAUAUUGACUAAUUUCGCAUCCAGGUUUCUAAGAAAUGAUAAGAUACUUCACUUUUCCAGAGUAAAAUGUAGGAGGGAGCACAUUCUAAGUACAGCUAAAAAUUUAGCUCACUGUAACACAGUUUCACUCUCUGAAUAAAUAAAGCAAAAAACACAGUAAA